AUGUCAGUUGAUGAGAAGAUGCUUAAAGCGUUGUCUUUGUUCAAAGCUUCAUCUGGUGGGGGUAUUUUGGCACAAGUUUGGGUUCCCAUGAGGCUUGGUGAUCAGCACAUCUUAAGCACUUGUGAGCAACCCUAUUUGCUUGAUAAAAUGCUUGCAGGGUAUCGUGAAAUUUCAAGAUCGUUUGUUUUUCCUACUGAAAGGAGAUCAGGUUCAUUCCUUGGGCUUCCUGGUCGUGUGUUUAUCUCCAAAGUUCCAGAAUGGACUUCAAAUGUUAGUUAUUACAAUAAGAUUGGGUAUCUGCGGGCAGAUCAUGCAGCUCAUCAUGAGGACCGUGGAUCUAUUGCUGUGCCAGUUUUUGAUUCUCCUGAGAUGUCAUGCUGUGCUGUUUUGGAACUUAUCACUACCAAAGAGAAGUCCAAUUUUAAUGCAGAGUUGGAAACUGUUUGCAAUGCGCUCCAGGCUGUGAAUUUAAGGACUACUGAACCUCCUCGACUUCGUCCCCAGUGCCUGUCAAAGAACCAAAGAGCUGCCUUAGCAGAGAUAAUUGAUGUUUUACGAGCUGUGUGUCAUGCACAUAGAUUGCCACUGGCUCUGACAUGGAUACCUUGUUAUUACACUGAGGGAGCUGGUGAUGAAAUGACAAGAGUACGGGUUAGAGAGGGCAACACAAAUUCUAAUGAGAAAUGCAUACUGUGCAUUAAGGAAACAGCUUGUUAUGUGAAUGAUAGAACGAUGGAAGGUUUUGUGCAUGCAUGCCUGGUACAUCAUCUUGAGGAGGGGCAAGGUAUAGCUGGGAAAGCACUUCAUUCAAAUCAUCCCUUCUUCUAUGCGGAUGUGAAGAAUUAUGAGAUAAGUGAGUAUCCACUUGUCCAUCAUGCGUGCAAAUUUGGUUUGAAUGCUGCAGUCUCAAUCAGGCUAAGGAGCACCUACACUGGUGAAGAUGAUUAUAUAUUAGAGUUAUUUCUCCCUGUCAAUAUGAAGGGGAGUGCAGAACAGCAAUUCUUGUUGAACAACUUAUCGGGUACCAUGCAGAGAAUAUGUAAGAGGAGGACAGUUUCAGAUGCAGAAUUAUUUGGGGUGGAAGGCUCUAAAGUUGCAUUUCAGAAGGAAGAAAACCAAAACUUUCCGCUGAUGGCUAUGCCUGGGGAAAACUCUCAGUUGACAUUAUCAGAUAAUGUUGUGAAUUCAACUGAGAAGAUGCCAUUGGAAGUGUCUAACCCUUCUGAAACUGAAAAGAGCAUGCCUUGGUUAAUGGCUAGUUAUGUGCAUAACGUUAUAGCAUUAAUUGUUCCAAGGAAAUCUAUGGUUCCUAAUAUAUUGCAAUUGUACCGGUGGGAUGUGGGUUUAUCCUUGUAUUACUAG